GGGGCUGGAGGGGGGAGUUCGUGGGGGGCCGUUGGCUCCAGACAAAUAAACAUGGAGUCCAUCUUUCACGAGAAACAAGAAGGCUCCCUUUGUGCUCAACAUUGCCUGAAUAAUCUGUUGCAAGGAGAAUAUUUUAGCCCAGUAGAAUUAUCUUCAAUUGCACAUCAGCUAGAUGAAGAAGAGAGGAUGAGAAUGGCAGAAGGAGGCAUCACUAGUGAAGACUAUCGCACAUUUUUACAGCAGCCUUCUGGAAAUAUGGAUGACAGCGGGUUUUUCUCUAUUCAGGUUAUAAGCAAUGCGUUGAAAGUUUGGGGUUUAGAGCUAAUUCUGUUCAACAGUCCAGAGUAUCAGAGGCUCAGGAUCGAUCCUAUAAAUGAAAGAUCAUUUAUAUGCAAUUAUAAAGAACACUGGUUUACAGUUAGAAAAUUAGGAAAACAGUGGUUUAACUUGAAUUCUCUUUUGACGGGUCCAGAAUUAAUAUCAGAUACAUACCUUGCACUUUUCUUGGCUCAAUUACAACAGGAAGGUUAUUCUAUAUUUGUUGUUAAGGGUGAUCUGCCAGAUUGUGAAGCUGACCAACUACUACAGAUGAUCAGGGUCCAACAGAUGCAUCGACCAAAACUUAUUGGAGAAGAAUUAGCACAACUAAAAGAGCAAAGAGUCCAUAGAACAGACUUGGAACGAGUUUUAGAAGCAAAUGAUGGGUCAGGAACAUUAGAUGAAGAUGAAGAGGAUUUACAGAGAGCUCUGGCACUAAGUCGCCAAGAAGUUGACAUGGAAGAUGAAGAAGCAGAUCUCCGCAGAGCUAUUCAGCUAAGUAUGCAAGGUAGUUCCAGAAAUAUAUCUCAAGAUAUUCCACAAACAUCAGGUACAACUCUUACUUCAGAAGAACUGCGGAAGAGAAGAGAAGCCUACUUUGAAAAGCAGCUGCAGCAGCAGAAGCAGCAGCAGCAGCAGAAGCAGCGGGAGGUAGAUCCACCAGGGCAGAUUUCACAUCCAUGUGAAAGGCCAACCACAAGUUCAGGAGCACCAGGGAGUGAUCUAGGUGAUGCUAUGAGUGAAGAAGAUAUGCUUCGGGCAGCUGUGACCAUGUCCUUAGAAACUGUUAGAAAUAAUUUGAAAACAGAAGGGAAAAAAUAAUACCUUUUAAAAAAUCAUUUCACUUAUUCAUACUUUCCAACAUUACCCUGCGUGAUUACAACAUAAGGUUCAUUUUGGUAAUGUGUCAAAUAGAUGAGAAAAUUAAGACUUUUAGGUGGGUUGCAAACAAAUUGAUGACAAAGUGGAAAAAUGUGACAGUGGUUAAGACUAAAUAAUGAUCCUUUAAAUAUUAAACAGUGAUCCUUUCAAUACUAGCCAAAGAGGCAUUUAGCAAUUAAAGAAAUUUAAAAUAGU